AUGAACACCAUGUUAGAACCACUUUCAAAUCCCUUAUCAUCUUUGGGCUCAGGUAGUAAACCUUUAAAGAAACUGACUCUUGCAGAGGCAUUACUAAAAGAAAAUAUUGCUCCAUUCAGAGGUGAAUUGGCUGAUGUUUUAGUCCCUCCACAAAGGAGAGAACGUCUUAGACAUUGUGAUUUUAAUCCUGAAAAUUGUUGUACAUCCCUUCGUGAAUACUGUAACAAGGCAACAGAAAUCAUGGGAGAAAGGAUUUAUUUUCCUGGUGAAGAAUCUGAAAAGAAGAAGACUAAAAAGAAGUCUGUAAAGAGAAAGAAAGAUGGUACUGAAUCAGAUGAAGAAUCAGAUAAGAAGAAGACUUCCAAAAAGAAGUCUGUAAAGAAAAAGUAA